AUGGCUGAGCUAAAAGAUCCAGCACAGAAAGAGGAGGGAAACCCGCUUUUGGCAGCACUUCCACCAGCUACCGAUCCGAUCACAUAUCUUACCAUCGUAGAAUACAACCUUACAGAAGAGAAUCUGCCUGUUCUGCAUCAGAUCCUCCAGGAUGCAGAGUUGACGGCUAACAUCGGCUGGGACCUUAUUCAUCUACUGCUCCCACUUCUUCCAGCAUCCGAAGAGUGUUUGCAAGAUAUCGCUACCAAAGGGAACCCCAGAGAAUGUGUCUUGAAAGUCACUGAAGCACUGCGAUUACUUGAUUUCGAAGAACCGCAGGAAGAAACAGACGACGAAGAAGACGCAGAUGCCGAGGAAGGCGGGCUGAAGCUCAAAGUGCCAGAUGUAGGAGUAGGAGAAUCGAGCACUAGCCCUGCUUUUCCACGAACAGUUUUACCACCUUUACCGAUACUCAAAUUCGAGACUCUGCUUGACAUUCUGGCUACGCUACACAGGCGAGUCAAGACAAAGUUCCCAAGCCGCUUCCUCUCAACCAGCCUGCAAGCUGUCCUCAUUGCGUUCAACAAGGCAAACACGCACCAGGAAGAGCUCACGUUAGCCGCAAUCAAGCUCGUCAAAACUCUCUCUGGGACUAAGAGGCCGCUUCUACCGUCAAGACGAAGCAGCGGCAAUCUUCUUAGUCGAACAAACACAAACCAAUCGCAGGCCGAUCCAGAGGCGCAGAGUGAAGCACCAAAUGUUGACGAAACGACGUUGGUCAACCGCUUACUUCAAUCUUUCAUCACCCACAUUCUUGAAGAUUACGUCUUAUCCUUGACUUCGGACGACGAUGUUCCAGGGUUGUCAUGGGCCAGUAGGUUGAUGGAGAAGUAUGAGCCGCAGAGAACGCCGAACAAGCCGAACUACCAAAAGUACGCAGACCGAUUCGCAGAAGAUGAGGAUUUGAGGUCCAGAACCGCGAUCUUAGGACAGGUGGUGGCGUUGACACAGGAUCUGGGGCUAAAACCAGAGGAGCUGGUCACAACUAUUUUGGACUCUGAGAUCGAGAAGCGAGGCGUUCCAGGCACCGAGGACGAGCCACCUGCCACAGCAGCCGACAUUCCGCUAUCAAGAACUGGCGCACUCAUUCUGUACACUGCGCAUAAUGUCAAGCAAGAGCUGUACGCGGCAGCCCAGGGAGACGAGAAAACCUCGAUUCCCAUUUUCCCAGGACACGCAACCAUACUCAAGAAUUUCGUCGGCGCCCUCGGCCCACAGACUGUCGGUCUCGAGCCAGAAGCACUCCUCGAUACCAUUGUCGCCCUUGGCCUUAUCGCCCUGGAGAACAACAACGUUGGCGAGCCUCAGGAUGAUGAGUCAUUUGCUCAGUACCUCCAGACGGUGUCCCUUGUCUCCGCCAAUACACCAUCUCCCAGCCUUCGCGGCCUUGCGCACUACCUUACUACCACGAUUCUGCGCUCCCACCCCCACGACCUCGUUCGUCUGACAUUCAUCCGCGACACGCUCGAAUACUGUCCGUUCGAGAACCUCAAAGCAAGUGCAGUGUCUUGGCUCAAAGGCGAGACACUCGAAGCAAACAGCCCCGGCGGUGCUGACGAUGAGUCUGAGACGUCUAUAUUCGCGACACCUGUUGCGCUGCAGACUGUUGCACCAUAUCUUUGGCCAGACCUCAGCGGCCACUACGCAUCAAUGAGUGUCGAGGUAUCAGACUCAUGGAUGCAGUUCAGACAAGAACUCAGCUUCUACGUUGCUGCGCUCAAUUUUUACUACCUCCUGCUCCAAGCACAGCACCUGCACGAGCCGCUCGGAGUCAAGAGCCUUGACAUCACACAUUAUCUUGAGCCACUGAAGGAGGUCGCUGCGAGGUUUCAGAAAGAGUUAGUAGAAGGUGGUGAAUUGGCCGCUGUGGUCGAAAAAGGGGACGCGAGAGAGCAGGCAUUAGCUGACGUAGGGCUCCUGCAGAAAGUUGUCGAGUGGGUCGAGACUGGCCAGAAGAAGAUGUAG